AUGUCGGCUUCCGAGGUUCCCUACAAGACCGUCUUCAGCCCCGACGCCCCCAAGGCCAUCGGCCCUUACUCGCCCGGCACCAUCCACAACGGCGUCGUCUACCUCUCCGGAUGCAUCUCCUUUAUCCCAGAGACCAUGGAGCUCCUCCGCGGCGGGAUCGAGGCAGAGACCGAGCAGACCCUCAAGAACCUCUUUGCCAACCUCAAGGCUGCCAACUCCGGCCCCUCGCACGUUCUCAAGACCACCGUCUUCCUCAAGGACAUGAACGACUUUGACAAGAUGAACGCCGUCUUCGAGAAGUUCUUCGCCCCCUACAAGCCCGCCCGCUCGGCGAUUGAGAUCGCCCGCCUCCCCCGCGACGCCCUCGUCGAGAUCGAGUGCAUCGCCGCCGUCAAGGAGUAG